AUGGCGCAAGAACGCUCCGGAAUCGUGGUCGGCAUCAACAGUGGCCGGAAAACCACCCCCCUCAACACCCCCAAGAACAAGAUCAGCCGCACCAAGGGCCAGUCUUCCCGCCGCACUGCCUUCGUUCGCGACAUCGCCCGCGAGGUCGUCGGUCUUGCCCCCUAUGAGCGCCGCAUCAUCGAACUGUUGAGGAACACCCAGGACAAGCGUGCCCGUAAGCUCGCUAAGAAGAGACUCGGCACCUUCGGCCGUGGCAAGCGAAAGGUCGAGGACAUGCAGCGCGUCAUCGCCGAGGCCCGCCGUGUCCAGGGUCACUAA